UUUCACCAUUUUUUCAUUAAAAAACGUUAAUUCACAAGAAUGAUUUCAACCUACUUUUCUUCUACAUAUUCGUACUUAGUUUACAGAAUAUUAAUAGCGAAAUAUUUAACCUUCUACAAAGUUUGAGAGACGGAACAUACGCGAAUUGGGCGGGGUAUAUAUACAGUGCCUUUUUCUUCUUCUACAAGCACUACCACUUUUGGCAUCAGAAAGAAAGAAAACAGUAUCAGUUCACUUUUUCAAAGGGCAAAAAACAGUGUAUUUGUCAUUACCAUUCGAUAAUAAUGGCGAAUGAACAAUCUGUUAUUGCAGUAAUACGGGCAGCAAGACCCACUUUCCGAAAUGCCCAUGAUAAGGCAGCCUUUGCUGUUCACGCUGCUUUCCUUGCUUCUGGGUUUGUUCUUCACGCUACUGGCCCUUCUGCUUCCGUCGAUGAUGCUCUUUCUUCCUCCUCCACUGAUGAGGUGGGAAUUGAUCAUUGGAAUGAAUUUGAGGAUAGUUAUGCAUUCGUGUAUUCACAGCCUGAGAAGAGCUCCAAAAAAGUGUUGGUGAAGUGCCUUGCAAUGAACAAUAAGCUGCUUAUAGAUACACUCAGGGAUGGCGAUAACGAGCCACUUUACCUUGAACUAAGUGUUGAGGACUACAUUGUUGAGGAUGGGGGAACUAACUACAACACCCAGUUCAAGAAUUUGGGAAAGCUGGUGGGAGAACUGAACAAAGCAAUCCUGACUAAAUAUACUGGUUCUCCUAUGCCAAAUUCCUCUACUCAAACUUCAAGUUCUGAAAAGAAAGGACUCAACGACCAGCCUAAUGUUGAACGCCAACCUGACUACCCAUAUCAGCCUGCUGGUUCUUUUCCCUCAGGGUAAUGUCAAAUAAAAGAGUUAUUGUUAUUCCUGCCAGUAAUUAUUGAUAUAUAUGUUGGAUAUAAAAA